CAAGAAUAAGUCAGUCAGUAGUGAGUGAUGUGAGUGUGGAGGGCGCGGGUGGGAUCCUCACUACAGUGUGUACUGUAGAGAGUAAGUCAGUCAGUAGUGAGUGAUGUGAGUGUAGCGGGCGCGGGUGGGACGCUCAGUUCCCUGUGCGCUGGCGCUACGCUAUCGACCAGUCGCCAGGUCUGUCUCAGUAGCGGGAUGGAGCGGGCCGACGUCUCCGGCUCCGGCUUCGCGGACCCCUCGCUCGAGCACCUGUACCAGUCCUAUAGCGUGAAGCAGAAACGACCCGCGCUCCAGUGCUUCCUGUUGGCCGCGAUCCUCUACGACGCCUACUGGCUGGUCGUGCCGCAGAGUCAGGACCUCGCCUCGCGAGGUGUCACUCUCGUCUUCCUGCUGCUCAACGUCGGACUCCUCGCGUGGUGUCGCUGGUCGUUGUCCCGGCUGUGGUCGGCUCUCCCCCACCUAGCCUGGCACCUCGCCAAUCUCCAGAUCCUUGUGCAUCUGUUCCUGCAGAAGAACGAGGUUACCGGACGCACCAGUCUAGGAUGGGUGCUCUUGUUGGAUUACCUCCUGUUCGUCUCGUUGCCCCUGAGGCUUCGCUAUUGUGUGAUGCUGUCUCUUGGCACUUGCUCUUCAUACCUGGUGGCAGUGGAGGGAUUGGCAUUACGGUCGGACAUCCACCUGAUACAUCAGACUGUUACGAACAUUCUCCUUCUAGUCACUGCGAAUCUUCUAGGGCUCACCUCCUUCUACAUAGAGGACCGGCAACAGAGGACUGCCUUCUUGGAGACUCGGCAGUGUUUGGAGAUGAAACUUGUGAUAGAAGAACAAUCGGCAGAGCAGGAACGACUACUUCUCUCGGUAUUACCUGAACACGUCGCCGUCAAAAUGAGACAAGAUCUGGGUUCGGCACUCGACUCUCAAUUUAAGAAGAUCUACAUGAGCAGACACGAAAACGUCAGUAUACUUUACGCAGAUAUCGUAGGAUUUACUGCCAUCUCGUCAACAUACUCAGCCUCUGAACUCGUCAAGAUACUCAACGAGCUGUUUGCCAGAUUUGACAGACUCUCUGAGAGAUACAACCAAUUGAGGAUCAAGAUCCUGGGUGACUGUUACUACUGUAUCAGUGGUGCCCCGAGGGAACGCCCGGACCACGCGGUGCUCAGCGUUCACAUGGGGUUGUCUAUGGUGAAGGCCAUCAAGUAUGUUCAGCAGACGACCAAUUCCCCGGUGGACAUGCGGGUCGGUAUCCACACUGGGGCAGUCCUAGCAGGCGUGCUUGGUCAGAGACAGUGGCAGUUCGACGUAUACUCCAAGGAUGUCGAGCUAGCCAACAAGAUGGAGAGUAGUGGACUCCCAGGAGACGUUUCAAUCUUCCGAGAGAUGAUUCUCACGGAACGACAACAGAUGUGA